AUGAACGGCGUCUCAUGUCCAAACGGCGGGAGCAUGGCUCAUGGCAAAGUGACCAUCACGGUGGACGAGUACAGCUCCAACCCCACGCAGGCCUUCACGCACUACAACAUCAACCAGAGCCGCUUCCAACCUCCACACGUCCACAUGGUGGACCCCAUCCCCUACGACACUCCCAAGCCGGCGGGACACACCCGCUUCGUGUGUGUGUCCGACACACACUCGCGCACGGACGGCAUCCAGAUGCCCUACGGCGACGUGCUGCUGCACACGGGCGACUUCACCGAGCUGGGCCUGCCCUCCGAGGUUAAGAAGUUCAACGACUGGCUAGGCGGCCUCCCGUACGAGUUCAAGGUGGUGAUCGCCGGGAACCACGAGCUGACCUUCGAUAAGGACUUUAUGGCCGAGCUCAUCAAGCAGGAUUACUACCGCUUCCCCUCCGUGUCCAAGCUCAAACCGGAGGACUUUGACAAUGUGCAGUCGCUGCUCACAAACUGUGUGUACCUGCAGGACUCGGACGCUGACACGCGCUUUCAUGAGCUCAGAGGGCUCCUGUUCCGCCUGUGUUUGGACACGGGUUUAAGCGAUACGCCUGGUUCCCGGCGCGCUCUGGAGCCUGGGCUGAUGGAUGGAGCAAACAUGGCGGCUUUAACAAACAGCAGCAGAUGGGAGACGGGGAGAUAG